UUUAAUUUUGUCAAUCCUAUUCCUAUUCUAUUUUCAACAAUUUUCAUGAAUGAAUUUUAAAAAAAGAGAUUUUUAGUGUGAAACAGGAGCACGCGUUCCUUCCCCUCAACAUCUAAUGUUUCAAUUUUGCGUUUUCUUUAUUAGAAAUUGAUAUGAAAUUUACAUAUGUGAUUGUGAUAAAUAUUUUAUAACCAAUUCAAUAUUAUUUAAUUUUUAUAAAAUAGUGAUUUUUAAAAAUUAUCGGUAAAAUGCCAGGGUGGUAUUUUGAUAAACAGGAACUGAAACAUACACCCUCUGGAGCAGCAGGUCUGGAUUACAAGACUGAAAUGCGAUACAGAAAAGAAGGAGCAAGAUUUAUAAUCGACACUGGCAUGAAAAUGGACCUAGGAUACAACACAACCGCCACUGGAGUUGUUUACUACCACAGGUUUUAUAUGUUCCAUUCCUUUCAACAAUUUCCAAGAUUCGUAACUGCGUGCUGUUGCUUAUUUUUGGCUGGAAAAGUUGAAGAGACACCAAAGAAAUGUAAGGACAUUAUUAAAAUUGCAAAGGCCCUACUGGCAGAUAAUAAAUUUGCAACUUUUGGCUCAGAUCCAAAAGAAGAGGUCAUGACGUUAGAACGAGUUCUCCUUCAAACCAUUAAAUUUGACUUGCAAGUAGAACACCCCUACCUAUACCUACUAAGGUAUGCUAAAUGCCUGAAAGGCGACAAAGCCAAGCUCCAGAAAAUGGUUCAAAUGGCGUGGACUUUUGUGAAUGAUAGCCUUUGUACCACUCUUUCUUUGCAAUGGCAACCGGAGAUCAUUGCAGUGGCAUUAAUGUAUUUAGCUGGAAAACUUAGCAAAUUUGAAGUGGUUGAUUGGGUCGGUCGUAACCCAGCGCAUUUACGGUGGUGGGAUAUGUUUGUUGAAGAUGUAACUAUGGAUUUGUUAGAGGAUAUUUGUCAUCAGGUUUUGGAUCUUUAUUCUCAGCCAGAAGUCAAAUCGUCAUCAGAAAGCCCGCCUCCCGGCGCAUCAAGGCCAGCUGCUGCAUCUCCCUCCAACCAAAGUACGAGUCGUCAAUCAAAUGGUGCCACUACUAGUACUACUGCUAGUAGUGCUAGUACUGCCAGUAGUACCAGUGAAAAAACUCAGAUAUCUCCUGAAACUGUACCACCACCAGUAAACACAAGAAUCCCUCCACCUUCCGAUGUGCCAUAUCCGUAUCAAACAUUUACACAUGCACCGCCACCUAUUUCCUAUGGUACACCAGUUUCAUUUGCGCCGCCUGUUAAUACACCUCCGCCUUUACUUGGUCCUUCACCUAUUCCGUCACUUCUAAGUGCGCCACCCCCAAACGCUUUUCCUCCUUUUGUAAAUCAACCUCCUCCGUUUACACCUGUGGUGCCCCCACCAAAUGCAUCGUUCUUUGGUAACGGAUUGCCACAGGGACAUACCCGACACCGGCCGCCGUUCUUUCCUCCCUAAGAUUAGGUUUUUGUUAGAUAAUAAUGUUUUUUAAUUUAAAUAAAUAAAUUGUGGGUUUUUAAUUAGCGUUUUUCUUUUUU